UGGACCUCGCCGCGCUCGCCAUUCACUCUUUGACCCCCACCCUCACUCGCACACGAUGGACGGCCUCCAGACGUACAACCGAAUACAGUACAGCCCAGAGCAGCUCAAGAACUUCAUCCAGGGCCCCGCCGAUGUGGAGUGGAAAUACGAGAUGCGCCGGCAGUGCCAGGAGAUCCUGCCCGGGCUCUAUCUUGGCUCAUUCGUCGUGUCGAAGGAGUUACAAACGCUGAAGUCGCUGGGCAUCACUCAUGUAGUCUGCAUCCGCGAUGCGAAGGAGGCGUUCACGGUCAAGCCGCGCUUCCCUGAACACUUCGCGUAUAUGACGCUGGACGUGGAGGAUAACGAGGAGCAGAACCUGAUCCGCCUCUUUCCAGGAGCCAAGGCAUUCAUUGACCAGGCGAUAUCGCAAGGAGGAAAGGUCCUGGUGCACUGUAACGGCGGCAUCAGCCUCUCCCCCGCGUUUGUCGUCAUGUUCGUGAUGCAGUACUACCAGCUCAACUGGGAGGACGCGCUGCACCUCGUGCAGAACCGCCGCUACUGCAUCUCGCCCAACGGCGGCUUCCUCACGCAGAUCAAGGAAUACGAGGCGAUCUACCGCGCGAACAUCGCGGUCGCGCAACACCCGCACAUGGGCGACCGCCAGGCGCGUAGGAAGCGCGCCGACGAUGAGUCGGACGACGAGAACGACCGCGCGAUGGAGGACCGGAAACGCGCGAUGGUCGAUCCCAACCCGGGACCGGAACACGAUCCCAACGCCAUGGAGACAUAGUGAUAGUGGCUCUGUCUUUCAUGGCACUGCAUCGCCGCUACCCAUCGCUGCAUUGCCGCUGCCAAUCGCUGCGCCAUCGCUGCCUAUCGCUGCCUCACAUCGCAGCUCGCUCUCAAUUCUCCAUACAUCCAAUCCCUCAAUACGAACCCUCUUGUAUCGCUUCUUUCUUUAUUAUGUUCUCGUAGUUCUGUUACCCGGGUUCAUGCACAGUGGAAUGCAGCUAGGAAUUGUAAGCACCGUAUAAUCGCAGCUUUCCCGUCAUAGUCAGCUAGUAAAGGGCCGUCCUGUCUCCCAGUGAGCACUUUCUCAGUCAGUCAACGUCCGCUCGCAAUUGCAACGUCAAGGACGGCCCACACCCUCAUAGAGCGCAUAGAGGAAGGUUCAUCGUAGCAUGUAAUCAUACAAUUACAAGACGCGCGC